AUGGCAUCAAUAUCGUCAAGUGAAAAGCCUUCGUCUGAGCCAGCUAGAAUCAAGCCUUUAGAUGAGCUAGUAGUUAACCGAAUCGCUGCGGGUGAGAUCAUCAUUGCUCCAGCAAACGCUCUUAAAGAAAUGCUCGAAAACUCCAUCGAUGCAGGAUCUACAGCAAUUGAUAUUUUAGUCAAGGAUGGUGGUUUGAAGCUGCUGCAAAUUGUUGACAACGGAUCGGGAAUUAGCAAGGAUGAUUUGCCAAUUUUAUGUCAACGUUUUACGACGUCCAAGCUCCGGGAGUUUGAAGAUCUUUCUAAGCUCACGACAUAUGGUUUCCGUGGCGAAGCAUUAUCAUCGAUAUCACAUAUUGCACAUCUUACUGUUACCACUAAAAUUAAAGAUUCACCAUGUGCUUGGAAACAGACUUACAAUGAUGGCAAACCCGCCACCGAAAACCCUACACCCAUUGCCGGAAAAAAUGGUACAAUGAUGGUUGUUGAAGAUUUGUUUUAUAAUGUACCAUCACGACGGCGUGUAUUUAAAAGUUCAGCUGAAGAAUAUGGCAAAGUUCUUGAUGUUAUUAGUCGUUACGCUAUUCAUUGCACCCAAGCAUCGUUUUCAUGUAAAAAGUAUGGCGAUUCACAUCCUUCUCUAAUUGUAUCUGCAUCGACAGCUGCCACAUCUUCAAAGAAAAAAGCCCCUCAGGUUGAUCGGAUUCGGCAGAUAUAUGGAUCUUCUAUUGCAAAUGAGCUUAUAGAAGUUAACGUUCCACCUAAACCGGAGUAUGGGUUUUUGGGUGGCAAAGGCCAAAUUACAAGUGCCAACUACAGUGCAAAAAAGUCAAUAUCGCCUGUAUUUUUCAUUAAUCACAGAUCAGUUGCAAGUGAUCCGCUCCGCCGGGCGCUUCUUCAAGGUGUUUAUGCGCAGCAUUUGCCUAAGGGUGGGCAUGCUUUUGUAUACCUUUCGCUUGAAUUUGAUACCAGAAAUUUAGAUGUUAAUAUACAUCCAACAAAGCGCGAGGUGAGAUUUUUAUAUGAAGAUGAAAUCAUUGAUCAUAUUUGCUCCUCGGUUCAGGAAGUUCUUGCUGCUCAAGGUUCGUCUCGUACAUUUCAAACGCAAACCAUUUUAGCCUCAUCUGGAAUUGCUCGAGAUAGGCUAGGUGGAACCUCUGGGGUUGAAAUUGCAAUAGGAAAAAGAACAAGAUCUGUUUUUGGUGAGAGUCAGUUGGAAAGUGUUGAAAAUGAAGAAAAUAGAGAAAUUUUAAGUGUUUUUAGUCAACCACAACCAAAAAAGCGACAAGAAAACAGGCUGGUGCGGACAGAUUCUCAACAACAAACCCUCCCAACUUUGUUUCGUGAUUCUAUGUAUCAGAGUGAACCUUCAAAAUCACGAACAACAAACAAGCUUAUCAUCGAUGAAGAUGAUGUGAUUCUAGAAGAGGAAUCAUCUUUUGGAAUACCAAAAAGUCAAAGCUCCUUUGAAGAUAACGAAAACAAUGAAGCCGAAACAGAGAGUACUACACCAUCAGUUGCUGAAAGCGACCAAAUUAAAGAAAUUUUGAGUGAGAUUCAAAGCAAAAGCGGUCCAUAUUAUGGUUCAAAGAUGCGUUAUGUUGAUCGGAGCCGCGUUGAUGUACGUUUACGUUCAAUCAAAGAGCUUAAAAAAGAGGUAGAGGAAGGUGUACACAGCUCACUCACACAAGUAUUUUCAGAUCAUACAUAUAUUGGAGUUGUGGAUUAUCGAAGGCGGUUGGCUGCUUUUCAACAUAAAGUUCAAAUGUUCAUUGUGGAUUACGGAACUUUAUCGCAAGCAAUAUUUUACCAGUCGGCGUUGGCUGAAUUUAGCAAUCUUGGAACUAUUACAUUAAAUAGUGGAGGUGGUGAAAAUGAUGAUCCCAACGAAACGAGAGUUGAACAAGAAUAUUCAAACGUUGAAGUUGGAAUAAAGAUUAGUGAUUUAUUAGACCGCGAAACAUCUACGUAUGAUGAAGAACGCAUUGCUUCAUUAUGGAAUAUGCGAGAAAUGUUAGGCGAGUAUUUUAGUAUUAAGUUUAUUAAGGGAAGCAGUAACUACUUUUCUGAGAAUAAAGAUGACGAAGCAGAAGAAAAUGAGGGAGAAGAUGGAGACCCCGUGGAAGAAUUUUGGAGCGGACGAAUCAAAACAUUGCCAAUGAUACUUAAAGGCUACACUCCACCCAUAAUCAAGCUACCAGUGUUUCUUGAUCGUCUACUUACUCAAAUUACGUUUGAAGAUGAAAAAGAGUGUUUCCGUAGUAUAUUACAGGAGUUGGCUAGAUUUUACGCGCCAGAGCCUGUGCUUGAUGAUCACGAAAGAAGUCCGAGUAAGGACGACGAGGAAGAGGAGGACGAUGAGGACGAAAAUGUGAUUGAAUAUCGGGCAGAAAGGAGGCGACAAAUUGCAGAUUCACUUGAGCACUACAUUUUUCCUGCGGUCAAACAAAGACUCCUGGCGCCAGAGGGACUUCUCAAGGAUGUUGUCGAGAUUGCUAAUUUACCAGGCUUAUAUAAAGUAUUUGAAAGAUGCUAA